AUGUCAGACCCCCCCAACAACACCCAAACCACGUUUAGUGGCGGCGACCCUCCUGCCGACAAUAAUUAUACCGACAAUAAUAAUGAACAGACUAAUAUUAAUGAUAUGCAAAAAAUUAUUGCUGUUGAACUGAAGGAGAAAGAAAGUUCUCAUUCCAGAGGACCUCAUUCUCAUGAAGCUCAUCACAUCAAACCCUCGACAAAAAUCCAAAAAAAUAAUGAAAAACCAGACUCCCAUAAAAAAAUUGAAACUAUCCACAAAAAGCUUGAAUCGAAUGAUAAGCAUAAUGCUUCUUCAAACCACGAAACCCCCGUUGAAACCCCUAUUGUGAAUGUUGGUCCAACCUUGAACCCUACCUUUGACUCUUCACCAGAUGGUGGUGAUGUGGAAAUUGACGCAACACCAUCACGUGACAUGGAUGUUCUCAUGCCGGAUGCAAAUCCAUUUGGUGAUAAUUCUGAAGCCUGGGAAUACAUCUUAAAACUUAAGGAUGUAUUUCUGGUUGAAUUGUCUAUUGUUAAAGAAGACUUGAGUAUUACAAUUGAAGAUUGGGAAAUAAAAUUUCAAAAUCUUGAACUUAAAAACAAUGAGUUAGCUAAACAACUCAUUGCUUUGACCGAAAAGCUUAAGGCUUCAGAAGGACAAGUGAAUUCUCUUCGCUCAGAACUUGAUGUUUUGAGAAACAAUCAGGUUCACACAGAAGUUAAACAUGUAAUGUUUGAAAAACUUAAAAAGGAAGUUAAGGAUAAUAAGGAUCAUUGCGAUAAAGUGAAACAUAAAGCUGAUGAAAUAGCUAAGAUGACUCUUCAAGAUUUGUCUCAAGAAAAAGCAAGAAACAAAAGAAUUAUCGACACUGAAAUCAAGGAAUUCAAAGAAAUGACCAACAAUCUUGAGAAAAGAGUUGAUAAUAUGGAAUACAAACUACGCAAAAAGGAAAUCAAGAGUGCGGUAAGAAAAGUCGACACUUUGCCUUUUGCUUUGACCCCUAAAACUCCAAAUGGAGCAACUCCAAAGUUGAAAGACAUUAUGAAGGCUCAAAAACAACACCGUGAAACUAAAGUUGAUGAAGACAAACCCACUUUUAGAGUGUGCAUAAGAAUUCCAGAUACCAUGAAAAGAGUUAAUAUCCCUGCGAUUGGAAAGAAAAUUGAUGCGGUUGCACAAAAGCCGGUGGCUCAGGAAAUAGGCUAUACUGUCAAAGGGCAUUUAUAUGUUCAACUUAAUGACAAAGAUUUUGCUGAUAAAGCUGCAGAAUGGAUCCCCAAAGUUGACCCUACUUAUUCAGUGCUUGACACAGAUUCUUGGUACAAGGCUGUACUUCAGGAAAUACCUAAUACGGCAUCGAUUGAAGACUUGAAAGAAACUCUCUACAAUUUUAAUGAUUACCAUAUUGUUUUGAAUACCGAACCCAAAAUCAUUAGCAGAAACCAAUUUACCCAAACAGCAUUGGUUUCAUUCAGAAAUGCCCAAGACUAUGCAAAGUGUGCUGAUAAUCUUAUUAUCCAGUACACAAAAGUUAAAUUUACAAAUCGAGAUAUGGUUACCAUUUUGGUUAAAGACAUUACAAUUGUCAAUGUCUAUAAUCAACCGAAACCAUCCAAGAAAUACCCUGAGCCACCGGUUUUUGAGUUUCUCAAACGGGAGAUCAAGGAACAAUACUCAAAGAUUGUCAUUGCAGGUGAUUAUAACUUACAUCACAAGGAAUGGGAGUCAAGGGCAGGUCCGAAUACGGAAGCAGAUGAAGUUGUUGAGUGGCUACAUGAAAAUGAUAUGAUGUUAAUUACUCCAAGAAAUCAAAAAACAUACAACAAUAGAACCAAUAUUGAUUUGGUUUAUGGCUCAGUGGACUUACUUCAUAGAAUUUCAUUUAGUGGAGUGGAUGAAAAUACACUAAGUGAUCACUCAAUUGUGGAGUGGGACAUUUAUAUGUCUCAGAGUAAAAACGGGGAUGAAGUUUUUACUUCGGUGAAGAGAUUGAAUAUUAAGAAUGCAGAUUGGGAAAAGUUUGACAAGGAGCUUUCUUCUGCCAUUAAAGAUUUUAAUGUGCAUAACAAAACUCUAAAAUCAACUGACCAAAUUGAUGACCAAGCUAAAGUUCUUGAGGAGGUUGUAAAAGAGCAAUGGCAAAAAAAAGCGCUAGAAGCUAAAAGGGAAGCCCGUCAAAGACAACCUUCUUUGGCUUUGAAACGACAAAAAAUUGAAGAGGCGAAAAAAGCUAGAAAAAUUUUUGACCACAGUUUGCGUGAAGCAAGUACUGAGCAAUGGAAUAAAUAUUUGUCUAGUUUAGAAGGAAAUGACAUUUGGAAGAUUUUGAAGUAUAUUAAUCCAAAAAGCAAUGAUACCAUUAUACCACAAAUUAGAAAAGAAGAUGGAACUCUCACUACUACUGUUGACGAAAAAAGACAUGAAAUAUGGAAGGCACUUCUACCUGAAAUUGAUCAUGGUCUUGAUAGAGAGUUUGAAAUUGACGACGAUUCUCGAUGGCCAAAAUUAGAGUUUGAUGAAGUUGACUCUGCAUUGGCUGAUACCCCAAAUGAUAAAGCUCCAGGAGACGAUGGAAUUACUGGCAAAGUUUUAAAGAUGGCAUGGCUGAAUAAAGACUUUAAGGAAAGGUUUUUCAAGCUUCUCCAAGCUUGUGUGAAGUUUGGAUACCACCCAAAAGUCUGGAGACAUGGCAUUAUUGUUGUUAUACCUAAACCUAAGAAACCUGACUAUUCAAAGCCAAGAGCAUACCGACCAAUUUCCUUACUUAAGAUUCCAUCUAAAGUACUGGAAAAAUUAUACAAAAAGAAUGACCAAGCUUACAACGCACUUACUUCCACCAGAGCAAUAUGGGGGAAGACAAGGUUAUUGUGCUACUGA